AUGUCCAUCUUACAAGCGGACGCGGGAGUCGCGGUUGAGCCGGACGACUUCAAUGAUAACGAUUCAUCGUUGGGUGAGGACGGAACGUCUUCCACGGCUAGUUUGCGCAGCUCGAUCUUAGACUAUCGCAAAGAGAACGGCCGCACGUACCACAAGUUCCGAGAUGGAAGAUACCACUUCCCGAACGACGAAGAGGAGAACGAGCGGCUAGGUAGCCACCACAUCUUCUGUCUCUCAUUAGACGGCAAGCUGGGCCUCUCUCCGCCCAACGAGCCGGAGACCAAGGUCGGGCGCGUGCUCGACCUCGGCACGGGGACGGGGAUCUGGGCGAUGGACUACGCGGAUGAGCACGCCGACUCGGAGGUCAUCGGCGUCGACCUGUCUCCCACCCAGCCGCAGUUCGUCCCGCCCAACGUCAAAUUCGAAGUCGACGACAUCGAGGACAGCUGGACCUACUCGCGCCCCUUCGAUUACAUCCACAGCCGGAUGAUGAACUCGGCCAUCUCCAAGUGGGAAGAAUACCUCCGCCAGUCCUACGCAAACCUCACCCCAGGCGGUUACCUCGAGCUCCAAGAAUUCGGCCUCCCCCUCUCCGACGACGGCACCCUGACGCCGGAGCACGCGCUCCACAAGUCCAUGGCGCACCUCGGCGACGCGGCCGCCAAGAUGGGCAACGCCUUCAUCGAGCUCGACGCCCUGCGGCCCCUGAUGGAGGCGGCCGGCUUCGUCGACGUCGUCGAGAUGCGCUUCAAGUGGCCCAGCAACACCUGGCCGCGCGACCCCAAGUUCAAGGAGCUCGGCGCCUGGAACUACGAGAACAUCACCAGCGGCCUGCAGGGGUUCCUCAUGGCCUUCCUGACGCGCGGGCUCGGCUGGCGCGCCGACGAGGUGAACGUCCUCGCCGCGCAGACCAGGAAGGAUGUGGGCGAUCGGAGUAUUCACGCGUAUUGGCCCAUGAUCGUGGUGUACGGGAGGAAACCUGAAGCAAGUUAG